UUUCAUUGGCCAUGGAUUGCAAAUGUAAAGAACGUUUUCGACUUAAACUGCCCGAUAUUGCUUCAAAGUUAAGCACCGAAAACCUAGAAAAGUUGAAGUUUAUUUUUGAAAUCCCGCAAGGAGAAGCGGAGAAGAUAUCAAACGCAGAAGAUCUGUUCCAGUUACUAGAGCAUGAGCUUAAAAUCGCACCACAUCGUCUGGAUUUCUUAAUGAAUGGCCUCGAUAAAUCUGGAAGGAAGGAUCUUGCUGCCGAACUGAAGAAUUUCAUAGGUGAUUGUCGCUGCGAAGGAGUAAAAACUGAUGAUGGAAGGGGUACAUCUGCAUCUGGUUCUAGUGAAUCAAGUGCCACUUUGGGCAUUGUUGAGGAAGCUGAAAUGCUGAAUAACAGAGGAAAGGUAGAAUUUCAAGAAAAAAGAUAUGAGAAAGCUUGUCAACAGUAUACAUCAGCCCUAGAAUGUCUUCCCAAAGGUUCAGAGAAUGAUAAACGGGUCAAGUAUCUUUGUAACAGGGCAGCAUGUUAUGUGAACUUGAGAAGGUUUCAUGAGGCCUAUUCUGAUUGUGAAGAAGCACUUGUAUUGGAUCCACGUCACAAGAAAGCUAGGUUCAGACUAGCUCAGGCUCUGAGGGGUAAGGGCCAAAUUUCAGACGCCUACAUGGAAAUUACAAGUUUGAAAGAAAAGUUCAAACAGCGCAUGUUCUGCAUUGUCAGUUUUUACUUGUCUCUUCCAUUUCUCCAGGAUGAAGGAAUAGUUUUACUUGCUAAAGCUUUGGAAAAUGAUAUUGAGGAUGCAAAGGAAAAAGCUCUGAAUAAACGAAGUGAAUUUUUAUGGUACUAUAGGAUGUCUGAUUGGGAUCCAGCUCUGAAAUGUCUGUGCGAAAUAUUAAUUUUGAUGCCAAGGAUUCCCAAGCUAUAUGAAGAGUUGACGAAGAUUUACCGGUAUAGAGCAGAAUGUUACAUGGGAAAGCGCAACUUUGAAGACGCCCUAAGAGAUUGUGAGGAAGCUGAUAGGCUUUAUCCUGGCAACUCCAACGUACUUUUUACCAAAAUGGAAGCUCUUGACGGGUUGAGAAAGUAUAAAGAAUGUUAUGACGUUUGCAACCAUAUGCUCAGUAAAGGCUUCAAGGAGGAAGAAGCUCGAAAGACCAUUAAACGAUUGUUGCCUAAGAUUGAGAGGGAAAGUAAGGAGUCUAAGAGGCAGGAUAGACCAGAACUCCCUGAAGCUACAGAUUUUUCCGAAAGCAAGAGGAAUAAAUCCAAAAAAAGUAAAGGAACAAAAAAGAAGAAGAAGAAGAAGGGGCAAGGAGUAGCAAAUGCAGCGAACGUUAAGCAGGUAUCAGACACAGAUGAAUCUAACGUAAAGUGCAGCAAACCUGAUGAAUUUUUGCCAAGACUACAAGAUAAAGAGGAGGACAGUAAACAAGGAGACGAAGCUAUAGAUGAGACGUUUGUCGACACCGAAGUGACCUGCAAGAAACAUACUUCUGCUGAAAAUUUAGGAGUUAAAAGUAGUCAACAAGGAAAUGUACAUGCUGCAAAUGUGGUACUUAGUUGCACAAGAGCGGGUGAUGAAGAGCAUGAUGAGAUUACUGAAUCCGAUCCGCUUAAUUUUAAGGACAGCAGGGUCCAACUUGGCAAGGAAGAAGUUUCGCCGCUGAAACCUGGAGCCAAAGUGUUACCAAGUGUAAAACCUACUAUUCUAGGAUCACCGGCAGGUGCAACUACAACAAGUGUGAAUAUAAAAUCAAACUCAAAUCGGCCUAACUCUCCGUGCAGCAAUAACGAUGUAUUAUUUCAAACACUGGAGAAUAAAGGAGCUAUCAGAAAGUCAGGAGAAGAAAUUGUGGAUGGAGUGUUUAAUGAUUAUAAACUUUUAGACGCUGAUAGGAGGGAACAAAUUUCGAACAAGUCGAAGCAUCAUUUACCCGUAGCCGAUGAAGAAGAUGAUGAGAAUACUGAAACACUCUAUCGUAGUGGCAGUAGUAAACUAGAUAAGAGAAGGGAAGAAGUGUCUAUCCGUAAACCUGUGGUCACGAUGUUACCCAGAGAGAAAGCUGUUCUUCCUGAAUCUUCAGCAGAUGAAGCAUAUCCCCGACGAAUCCUACUGAUUUGCCGUAGAUGGUCAGUUUGGCAUUGCAGUGUUUGCACAGUCAAUGCACAUCUUUGCCGAGGCUUCGCAAAAAAGAAAGACGUAGAUGUCGCUUGUUUGGUACUAGAUGCGACUGGUCAAGAAAAGAGUGCGGCAGCAAAAGAUGGUGUGAUCCUUAUUAAGGCGAGUGAUCAAACAGGUAUUCCACAGGGAGAUGAACACCUGCUGUUCCUUCAUAAUGAGUUCCCUUUUAAAGCAGAGUUAGUGGUUGGGCACGGAAUGUUGUCGGGUGCUGCAGCAGCUAUCCAAGCAAAACGUUUAAAUUGCAAACGUCUUCACGUUUUUCACAAUUUGCCGGUAGAAGACGACGAUUGCCAUGUGCGUUUAACUUCUGAAGGGGGAAAAGAAACCGAGAGGGAUAUCGCAAGGAAAGCUGACUUCGUCGCGGCGAUAGGAGCUCUUCUCGCGGAACAGUGGGGCAUGAUCCUAAAUCGUGGUAUAUCGGUGAUCAUACCUGGAUUGCCAGAUGUGGCCCCUCGAAACAAAAUACCUACUCCACAAAGUAGGUGUCUCAUUUUGGGAACCCUUUUGGGGAACGAUAAUUUUUCGAUGAAUGGACUUGGCAUGGUUAUAGAUGCUCUGAAGGACUGCAGACAAGGAUCAUAUCCUAUCCACGUAACUGUACUUGGCACUGAGCGAGGAAAAAUUGAAGAGCUUAAAGACACACUGAAGACUCGCUGUUGCACGUCUAGUUUGGAAGUCGCAGUAAAACCAUUUGAAGUGAGUCUAGAAACGAUUGGUGUUGAAAUACGUGGAGUUUCAUUAGUACUUAUUCCAUUUCUGUCUGAUGGAUUUGGAGUACUGGCACUGGAAGCCAUAUCUGCUGGGGUUCCAGUUUUAAUCACUUCAUCUAGUGGCCUUGCAAAAUGCAUUCAGCAAGAGUUUGAUGAACGCUUUUUAAAGUUUGUUUGCGCCACAGAAAGGACUACACUAGGAGAUAGAACUGAGGAUUGGUCAGACGCUAUCGAAGAGAUAGUUAAUGAUCGCGAAAAAGCAUUUAGUUUGGCUGCAUCCCUCCGAGAACAGUGGAAUUCCAAAUUUACAUGGGAAUCCAUAUGCAGUAAACUUCUGUUAGAUCUUGGAAAAUUUGGGGAUUUCCUUGUGCGUUCGCCGUCAUCUACACAACCUAUAGGUCUUCCAUCUCAAUGCACAGACUCGGCUCGAAGAUUAAUCGAGGUUGAAGUUGAUUUACUGAAUAGAAGACGAAAGCAUGUAUUGUUUCUUUCUCCUGAGAAUGCUUCCAAAUCGCCAUUUAUUCAGUACUUUGCACAGGUGCCGUGGGCUGCUGUGUUCGACUUUGAUGUUAGAAGCGUUGAGAGUGGCUAUCUCGCCAGUUGCGAGAACUUUUGUGAAAGAAUGGGCAUGAAGAUUUGCCGAAUAUUGCCACCUUUGCCAGACGAAGAACGUAAGAAGGUCUCAGUUAUGCUACCAAAUGGUAUCCCAUGGGUUCUCCUUGAUGGUAUGCCAGAAAGCAAACGGAAUAUUAAAGACAAUUUGGAGUGGAUGAGGGAAUUUUUCUUGUCUCUAAUGAAGACUUACCCUGGUCCUAUCACCUUUGUAGUGUUGUGGUAUUCCGGAAAAAGGAUUUUGAGUAAGAAUCUGUCCAAAAUUCUUACUGUUGUUCAGGGCUCACCCCUUCAUGGUCAAGUAAAGCUCGUGAUAGUUUCCUCAGCAUCAGGAGAAGACGAACUUCUGGAAGACAUCGCAGAAGAUUGGGGAGUCGAAGUCCACAAGUUUGAUUUGGAAGAAGUUACCAAUGCCCUUUGUCAAUGUAUCAGCGCGUGCCCCUUUAUUCGAGAGGACCAAGAUUUUUCUUUGCCAGUCGCAGAUCAGAGUGAGUCUCAUAGGUUAGCCUUCAAGAUUUUGCCCCAGAAACGUCGCUGGAUUAAUGCGGAAAUGGAAGUUCUUUAUCAGUCUUGUGGAAGUACUCCUGAAUUUGAUGAUGAUGCACUCCAUUUCUAUCGGGGUGGGCAGAUCUCUUGGUAUGCUCUCCAGAUGGGUUAUGCUGUGGAACGUGAAAACUGGGAAGCAUUGCAUGGAAGAAUUGAUGAGCUCAUCCUGAAGGCAGGAACGAUGAAGCUGAAGUUGCCACAUCAAAGAGGAGCUGGUGGAACUACCACAGCCCGAAAGAUUCUUUUUGACUACCACGAGAGAUAUCCUUGUGUUUUGCUCCGGUCAGUCAGCCAUUCGGAAAUUGCUCCUGCCAUCAAAGUGUUAUCAGAGUUUUGCAAACUACCUGUUAUAAUUCUCGUUGACUGCAAGCAUAUUCAAACUGAUGAAUUUGAUGUUGAUAGUCUCUACAACAAUCUAUCCAAUGAUAGGAUUCCCUGUGUCAUUCUGGAGGUGAUUCACUCCAGCCAGCACCGCGACCGGAACACUUCCGAAUGGUUUCAAAAGUCUGAAAAGACCUCUCCGGUUCUCGUUGCAGAUACACUUGAACAAGUUGAAGCUACCGCAUUUGUAAGAAUCUACAGUGCCCAGAAAAAAGGGAAAGAAAGAGCACUCCGUUCUCUUCUCAACGACAGUGGGAAGAAAGAGCUUCAAAUACCAUUCUACUAUGCUUUGGUUACCUUUGAAGACCGGUUUACUGCCCUUGAGCCAUUUGUUAAAGAAUGCUUGCAAAAUCUUAGCAAAAACGAGCGCCAUAUCCUUCUUUUCUUGGCUAUGGCUUACCAUUAUGGUCAUUGCUCGAUCUUCGCAAAUGAUUUUGCAGAGUUACUAAAUGCUCCAAUGAGAGAAGUUCUGUCCCUGGAAUCAGUGCUUCCCGAAUUAUCACAGGAAUUGCUUUUGGAAGAGGAUGGGAAGUGGAGACCAAGGCAUGACCUUAUUGCAGCAGAGAUGCUUCGUCAUUUGCUAACAAUGCCAGAUGAUGAGAGAUGUCCUCUAACACAUCCCGACAAUUGGAGGAAUCAGCUCGCUGACAAAGCAAUAAUUUGCUUCAAUCAUAUGUCCGAAGCGGUUGUGAGCGACAUGCUGCUGAAUCGAGUCACAGACGAAAAUUCACACAACUACUUCUCUCAACUAAUUUCGGAUAUCCCUUGUGACGAAGAUGCUAUAAGGCUUUUUGAAACAGCAAUAUCUUUAUUCCCCCAUAAUCCGUUUUUCAAGGUGCACCUGGGCCGCUAUUACAGUAUUCAGAAGAAAUCAGCCGGUUUUCAGCUGGCCAUUAAGUACACAGAUAAAGGAAUCUCAUUGACAGAGGAUUUUUCCUCUCGUUUCGUUCGUGGCCAGUUCGCCCAGAUGAAAGGAGUAGUAUAUAGUCGUGAGGUUCAUAACCUCGCUAGCAACAAUGCUAACAUUGAGACUAUAAUAGAGAUGGCCGAUGAAGGUGUCAAGAAUUUCAGACGUGCAGUGAGCAUAGCCCCUGACCUAGUAGAUGGCUACAUUCCGGAAGUGCGAAUGAUGUGCAAGGUCUUUGAAUAUAUUGAAAAGAAAACAGGAAGUUUCCUCAGUUACGUCAAAUCUGGAGUUGCCCAUCCGUUUAUCAUUGAUGCAAUAUCCAACACCUCAGACACACUUGAGUCUGUACCUGAUAGUGAUGCCUAUUCCUAUUGGAGAAUGCGUCUGGCCUGUAUCGGUCGUCACUCAUUCAAUGGAGAAAGAAUGAAAGAGACCUUAAAUUUGCUGUUAAAACUAAGAAAAAAUGAUAGGGCAAGCAGAGGAUCGAUUAAUCGUCAAAUCGUCAUAAUGUGGAUGGAAAUACAGUCCAGACAACGUCGACCAAUCGCCGAGAUUGCUCCCCGGUCGAUAGAACUUUUGAAUGAGGCAUUAAAGUAUGAUUCUAACAUUGAGAAAACAAUGAGACUGUGGGUAAAGCUUGCAUCAUUCACUCACGUGGAUCUUACAGAAUCAGAGAGCAAGAUUUUCCACUGGUGCUUAAAAGAGAAAUCUGUUCGUUCCUACUUAUACAAGUACAUUGUUGCUUGUUUGCGCCUACUAGAAGGAAACUCUCACAGCUACAGUGAGAUCAUGAGGAACGCAAAGGAUGACCUCAACUCGGCAAUUAAAGCGAUCAACCGUUCCGAUGUUGGACGUUGCCGUCAUCCCGACAGACCAGUGGUGUGGUUAGGACAUGAAGGAAGAGGAAUGGGAAAUUUGGUGUACCUUGAUGAAAAGAUUCCCGAGCUCAGUAAUGUCAGAAUGAAACGCUCGAUUGCCUCUCAGCACACUAAGCAGCUUCGCUCUCUCAGUGGUCUAAUUGUAGAGUGUGGGAACAAAGUCGGAACCAUCAGGAUUAAUGAAGACCUGGAUGUCCCCUUUCGUGCUGAUCUUUGUGAAACGCCUCUUAUGGGAUCGGGAUUUCUUAAUCGUAAGGUUCAAUUAUACUUGGCUUUCAACUUCUUUGGUGCGGAUGCUUAUAAUGUGCAGCUUGCUAACGCAAAUGCAGAGGAAGAAGAUCUUGAUUGGUAUUAAGCACCCCCCACAAUGCCAUUUAGUAAGGUGAGGAGUAAUUUAAUCAGAUGCCGCGUUAGACUUCAAUGCUUAUGCAGCUGAAAGACAAUAGACUAAACCUACGUGGAAACAUGGUUAGCGAAUGAACUUAGUUUCUAUUGUCAGCCAAGAACAAUGCACUGCCCCUCUCUUUUCGCCUGCCCUGUGGGUAGUGAACUGUACCAUCUCAGCCACACGCCAUAAGGGAUGCACUCAUGGAUUUUUCCAUGCUUUUCAAUUACUCAUUAUGCAGACUUUGACAAUAUCAUCAAAAGUGCUGGACUGUAUCACCAGGACUGCUAAUGACAUUGUAAAUCGGCCUUGUUACGAAGCACUCAGAGGAAGCAAUUAACAGCUUGUUAAUUGCUCUGAUUCAAAAUGAUUUUGAAUGAGGGACGAAUCAGUUUCUUCACGAAAGGCAUUUAACACACCGAUUUUAAAAUGAGAUUUAGAGAGCUAAUCUUUACUUUCUGACCCAUCCUUAAGAUUAUUGUGUUUUGCUUUGUUUUGUUUUUCACGUACACAAUUCUUAAGAAAUAGCCGGCUUGGACAUGAAUUUCCUUGACUUUUUGAUAGCAAGCAGAUGUGUUGUAGUGAUUAUUUCGAUCGAAUAGGUUUUAACAUCAAAUCUUCAAUAAAGUAUGAUUGUGCUCUCAACCAAUUUCCUACGUACUUCAUAAUUUUUUAAUCCACUCUGAAUCCCUUUUCUGAUUUCACAAACACUUCCUAGAAUACUGAUUUGCUUAAAUAUUUGGUUUCACGCAUUGACGCUUGUGUGCGUGGCAGAAAAAACAUCUUAUCACAUUUUUAUGGUUACUGCCUCAUAUGGAGGCGAAGCCAUAAUGUCCUGUUGGGUGAGUGAGUGACUGAGUGAUUGUAACAAUAGAAUACGAACUACCCCUAAGCCCACAAUGAAGUCUGCUAAGUUUUACCCGACAUUUCUCGCCGUUAGCUUUUUUUUGUUUUCGGAACAUCUUCGGUCGUUCAACGCUUGGCGAUGAAUCACAUCGAAUGUUAUACGUGCCCACACUGUUUUCCGGUGCUACUUACUUUUUUGUUUCAGUACAACAAGCGAUAAACAUCUGAUCAAUUCAGGAUUGUGAACAAAAAAUUAUUUGAAUGCUAUAGCUUGCAUCGCAUCACAUCCUAAAGGGUGUGAUCGGCGCAUCAUGAAAAAUUAAAGGAACAAUUUAUUCUUUGAAGAGCGAGUAUUUUAGCGUUUGAAUCAGUGAAUUAUGCCCGGUAGAUCCGAAGAUGUAAUUUUUUCAGUUCUUGCCGUGACACAGCAUAAGAUGGUAUACAUCUCAAAAUAACUUUACAGUAACUUCUCAGGCACGUAAUUGAAAACGAGACUUUUCCUUGCAGAAUUUGAUCUGCCCACCCUAGAAACUUUGAAAAAAAAUUAUUUAUUGGAAGAAAGAGCAUUUUACCAGCGACUAAUGGCCAAAAGAGCCACUAAAUUUUCGCAGCAAGUAAGGCUUCUCUAUUUGUUAAUCAAUACUAUUACUUUUGUUGUCA